AUGUCGCUCCUCGUCGUGAUCGGGACUCUUCUGCCGUUGAUCGAGGACCACGCGGACGACGCGGGUUCACCUGCAGCAUUGGUCACCUUGCUCGGCCUCCUGUUCGCCAUCAGCGGUUUCGUCUCAUCGGCGCUAUCCUCGGGCAUCAAGGCUCGCGCGAUCGAGGCCGCACAGAGCAAGACGAAGGCUGAAUCGGGCGCCGACGAGCAGGCCGAUCGUGUCGAGGCAUCCACCGCAGCCGCCGCGGUAGCUGCACCCGGCGCGACCGGAACGUCCCACGCCAAAGCCGUGACGGGCACAACCCAACCGGGGGAGGGGACGACGCCGGCGCCGACCAAGGAAGCUUCCGACAACACAAAAGGGGCGGGAGAAAAUACCAGCCACUUGACCGCCGUCGCCGUCUGCGUGGCGGGCGCGGUAAUGUCUUCCAUGCUGCAGUUCUCGUUCGUUUACGGAGACCCGCUGAUCACGCACGCAGAGGAAGAAGAGGGAGUGUCCGGCGCUGCGGCACCCCUUGUGGUGUGGCUUCUGGCCUUCUCCCUGGCGGCCCUGUGGAACGUGGCGUACGCAGUCUAUCUGCUGUCGAAGAAUGAAACGUGGGCGCGGUACACUUGGGUGGGGUGGUCGGACGUGGCCCGGAAGUUUCGCAAUAUUACUGUCAUGAGCUUGUUCUUCGUGGGGCAUAUCCACUUUUACGGACAAUCGCAGCACCUGUUCGGGGACCUUGGGCCCGUUAUCGCGUGGCCUCUGAUCAUGAGCUCCACGGUCCUGAGCGGGCAGAUAUGGAGCGUGUUCAUGAAGGAGUGGGCGGGCGUGCCGCCGCUGGCCAUGAAGGUUAACGUCGCAUCGAUUUGUCUUCUCGUCGCGGCUGUCUCGAUCAUCGCCGUCGCUGGAGCGGUGUUGUAG